AUGUCGACUCAGCCACAGAAACCUUUACCCCAGGUCGGGAAGCUUGUCAGCGUGGUUCCAGUUGGAUUAAAGGAGGCGGCUCUUGAUUCCCCAACAUUUCGCGCCACCACUCUCCACUUCUCCGACCAGAUUGAAUACCUCGAACGAUGGCUCGAUGGUUACGCGAAAGCCGCAUCCAAGCUUUCUGCGGAGCUUGGGGCUAUGGAGGGGAUUGUGAGCACAUUCCUGUCUUACUCCAUGAACCCCCUCGUGGUCUCAGAAGCCGUUCUCGACCAUGAUUACACCCUGUUGGCGAUGAGGCGGAGCGGUGACAGCUCGAGGGAUUUAUGGAAUGGAUUGGUAUCUACUACGAAAAGGAUAGAAUCACUUGUCUCGGAACCAAUCAGGGCUUUUAUCCAGGAGGAUUUGCGGAACUUCAAGGAGACCCGCCGCAUACUUGACCAGACACAAAAGCAAUAUGACUAUCUACUAUCAAGAUAUUCGUCACAGUCCAAAUCGAAAGAACCGUCGUCCCUGAGAGAAGAUGCAUUUCAACUUCAUGAAGCCCGCAAAGCGUACCUUAAGGCGUCAAUGGACUUUUCGGAACAAGCUCCCCAAGUUCGAAACGGUCUCGACAGGCUGUUAGUCCGUGUUUCGUCUGAUGAAUGGCGGGAGUUCAAGGCAUUUCACAAUAACAAUGGCGCGACGUUUGCCAAAUGGGGUCAGGAGAUGGAUCGUAUCAAAGGCUGGAUCCAUGAAAUGGAGGGGAGCGAGAAAUCCUCUAGGCGAGAGCUCUUGUCCGCCCGGAAGCAAAUCGAGGAAGCCGCAGAGGCUGCUGUUAGACCGUCUCGUGAACUCGACGACUACUCUGUAUCGACCGUUCCCUAUCUUGGAUCCCGCCCAUUAUCAACACUCGAGAUGACCAAAGAGGCUAGACCGGAAAAACAGGGCUGGGUGAAUCUUCGGACGCUUUCCGGCAAGCCCACGCGUACGGGCUCCCGAACUGGAGGUGUUGAAGAGAGCGAGAGAAUAGGUGUCCUGCUUUGCAGUAUCCGCCCAGCUUUCCAAGAAGAGCGCCGCUUUUGCUUUGAGGUAAAGACCAAAAGUAAUACCAUCGUGCUUCAGGCAGAGACGCAAAAGGAGCUCAUGGAAUGGAUUGCCGCGUUCGAAGCUGCCAAGCGAAAAGCCUUAGAGCGCCCUGCAGGUCCCAAUCUUUCAGGCUCUGGGAAAGACGCCGUCCAGGAUCCUGCUUUUGCAAUUUCGCCUCCUCCUGCGCCUGAAUUCGCUGCUGACCCGGCAGAAUCUCUCACCCCCCGCUCGAACGAUGAUCAAGCGUCAUCCGAGCGUAGCGGAAUGCUACCUGUUCCAGAGAAAGACCAAAACACUCUUCGGAAUAGCAGCGACUUUGGUACCUAUAGACGGCUGACCUCGUUGGAACCCGAAAGCUGUGCAAGAGACCACACUUCUAGGAUCAUCCAAAAGUUGGACCUUCACCGCAAGUCAAACAAUACAGUGCAGCCCUCUAACUCUAUACCGGGUGCUGGUGGCGGUCUAGCGGGCCUUGUCUCCGCAAGCCCAGGUGCACCAUACGGAGUGGUCGACAAUGAGACAAGCAGGGGCAAUGAACCUCCUACAAGCUUAGCACCACUGACGCUAGCAAAUCCACCUGCGCCCACAAGCAUGAGUAAGGCAGCUGUGAUCAUAAGCAAUGAAAGGGGCCUCGGUUUAGGUCAAGCGGACAAAACUGGGGGGAUGCCUAGUGGUAUGAUGGCAAACCUCUGGGGUAGUUCCAAUUGGGGGUUUGUGAACAGACUUGAACGUGAGCGCCUAGGAGUAUUCGAAACCAAUCAGGACGCAGAUCCCGAACGUCAAUCAAAGCAGAAUCAGUCGGCUGAAGCAAAAACCUCAACAAACUCUACUCCCGCUAAACCACCAAUGUCCGGCCCUCGCCAUCGACAGACGGUGAGUCUCGAUGGUGAUUCGAGCAAGAUGCAACAGGCCAUUCUAGGCGUUACGCAUGAAUAUCCAAGCUAUUAUCCUCAACAACUCAAAAUCCAGGACUCCCAGUUUCGGCUGCUUUUCCCCAAUGUCAAAAGAGAGGAAUCUCUGGUCCUGGUGUUCCGGGCUACAUGGAAUCCAAACGACCAACAAGAAUUUCCUGGAAGAGCUUAUGUUACUACCCGCGACGUAUACUUCUACAGCCACUACUUUGGCCUGGUGCUGACCACCAGUGUCUCUCUGGAAACCAUCAAAGAGGUUACUGCUGCGCCUGGAAGAGAUUGCGACUUCCUGUUUCUUCAUACUAUUCCACCACCUGGUGAAGACGCACCUGGCCGAGUCACCAUCAAGACUUUCCUUGAACCGUUGAGGCUUCUUCAGCGGCGCCUCAAUUUCUUGAUCAAUGACUCAGCGGCGGUUGAGCCGCUGAGUUUGGAAGCUAUUUUCAAAGCUCUUAUCAAGAUGGAGGUGGAUGUGCAGACACGAGCACCAAGCGUAGAUAGCUGGGAAGAUGUGGUUGCCGCUGAUGACAAGAUUGGUGACAGUGAUAGCGCUGCCGGCCAAGGGCCGAGGAGAGACUUCCGGGCUCCGAUUUACAUUGACAAAGAUUUAGACAUGCACUCGAAAAAGGCUACCACUGGCAAGGAUACACCAAGAUUCCGAUUGCCCACCCAGCCUGUGCAGUACGUUCCUCAGGGAAACCUGCACCUUGCUGCGGAGAAAGAUUUCGACAUUAGUCCCAAGGCAAUAUUCCACAUCCUUUUUGGAGACCGGAGUGCUGUCUGGCAACUCCUCUUGCAUCAACGAGAGGCUCAAAGGGAAGGUAUCAAACAAGGUCCUUGGACUAGAAGUGAAUCGCGGCAUCUGAGACGGGAUUUCCAGUAUCAGAUUGAGACAGCAGAUCUUCUUGGACGUGCUCGGGAUCAUGAUAUCUCCGAUUAUCAAAUGAUUGAUGUCCUAAAUGAUCAUCUCUGCUACGUGAUUACGGACAAGCGAACUCCCUGGCAUCUUCCUUUCAAGCGGUCAUUUAGGCUGGUAAGCAAAAUUGUGAUUACCUUCCUUGGCAAAGGGAAGAGUAAGCUUGCUAUCUACACCAAGGUGGAGUGGUUGUGUUCUCCGUACGGGCUUCAACGGGUCAUUGACAAGCAAGCCACUGGCGACUUGGAGCAAGAUGCCCUGGAUCUCCUCGACCUCGUUGGAGACCAGGUGCGCAGACUCGGCGCCCAUAGUCGAACCAAGAAGGCCAUCACCAUCUUUGGUCACAUCGGGCGGCAGGGCUCUACGUCUCAGUUUUUCAGCGAGUCGGAGUCCAAAGGAGAACCGUGCAGACCUCGAACGCAGAGGACUUUGGUUCAACUGCUCUUCGAGAUAUUCAUGUCCUUUCUUGAAAGCGCCAUCUCAUCCGUGAUGCUAUGGACAUUUGCUCUGCUUCGUUGGGCAUGGAAGACUACAAGUGCACAUAAGGUCAUCCUUCUGCUGCUAUUGUCCAGUGUGUUCAUUAAUGGGCUAUAUACGUCACAAGAAGCCUAUCAGUGGUGGCAUGAGCGAAACACCGAGAGGUUCAUGGCGCGUCUAGGGGUUCACUCGGACCCCGUGAUGAGCAAAGCCAUCUACAUGAAAGACAUCGAUGAGGCACUCGCCAACUCGACGGUUGGGCAGGCCAGUGAUAACUCCAGCGAAUGCUUUGCUACCUUCCAUCAGCAGACAAUCGGGGGCAGUACACGCUCUCUAGGGACAUCCAGUCCGAAGGAUUCCAUGACUAAGAGCGCCGCGCGACGGAUCCAGCAGACCCGGGAACAGCUGGCGUUGUACCGACACAACCUCCUGGUGGGCCUCCGAGUGGUCAACAGUAUCGAGAGGGAGGUGGUACAGAACGAAUGGGAGCGUUGGCUCCGACAAGAAUUACGACGAUGUCGCCAGGUGGAGAUGCUUCUCGGGAAGAACGAGAACGGCGAAGCGAUCGAGACGCAGGUGGACCGUACGAGCCAGACGAUUUUUGCGGACCUAUCCGACGACGUGCGGCAGUGGUACGAUCAGUACUGCACGAGUUGCCAGAAAGAACAGGAGCAACUCUUAAGCAAUGAGCAUAUAUCUGAUGUGUGA